AUACUUGCGAUAGAGAGAUUCAUUUCCCUUUUGUUUUUGGAGAAGAGAAGGAGAUGAGAUAGCAUUCCAGAGGAUUAACUAUAGAUGAAUGCAGGAUAAAACCCUUAUUCGUCUCUCUACACUCCAGCGAAGGUAGUUUAGGUUGGUAAUGAUGAUAAGUGGAUGCAGCACGGUGACUUCACAUGCUCUAACAAGCUCUUGGGGGUUCAAGCCAUCUUCAUACAGAGCUACAACAACAUCAGGACAGUCUCAACGUUGUCUUGCUUCAAGUUCAUUGUCUGUCAUAAAGAACUCUUUACCAUUUAAUGGGCUUCAAGCUAGUGUACAAAGAGGUGUGCCUUUGUCAUAUCUCUCAGCCUCGUCUUCUCGCCUUCUGAGUGGGGAACAAGGUAGUCUGUUUGGUGCGUUACCUGUGUUACCCGUCCGCAGGAAAACCCUUUUGUCCCCAAGAGCAUCAAAAGAUGUACCUUCCAGCUUCCGGUUUCCUCCAAUGACCAAAAAGCCACAAUGGUGGUGGAGAACUUUGGCAUGCCUGCCUUACCUGAUGCCGCUUCACGAAACCUGGAUGUACGCAGAAACCGCUUACCAUCUCCACCCUUUCCUAGAAGAUUUCGAAUUCUUGACCUACCCGUUUCUAAGCGCCUUAGGGAAGUUACCAGGCUGGUUCCUCAUGGCUUACUUUUUUGUAGCUUAUCUUGGGGUAGUGAGAAGAAAAGAAUGGCCUCACUUCUUCAGGUUCCAUGUGGUGAUGGGUAUGCUGCUUGAAAUCGCUCUUCAGGUGGUGGGAACUGUCAGCAAGUGGAUGCCUCUUGGACUCUAUUGGGGUAAGUUUGGGAUGCAUUUCUGGACUGCUGUUGCGUUUGCAUAUCUGUUUACCGUCCUUGAGAGUAUAAGGUGUGCACUUGCGGGUAUGUACGCGGACAUCCCAUUUGUCUGUGAUGCUGCGUAUAUCCAGAUUCCGUACGACUAAUACGAAGAUAUUGUUGCAUUUUAGAUCGUUGUCGCUCUUCGUUUUAAUAAUCUGUUUGUUAGACCUUUGUAUCUGCAACAACUAUGUGUCUUGUUAAAUGACAGUUAUGUUUCAAACA